CCACAACACAGCACAUCACCCACAGAAAGCAAGAUCUGCUCACGCAACCAAGAUCGUGGGCAUCGUCCAGGACGGGAAUCCCGCCCGAGGCUAGGCACAGCAAUGCCAUUGUCCACUGACCACGUGCACCAUGGCGCGCUAGUAAACUGUGGGACUUUCUCUGCAUAGUAGCGUAUCUGGCCGGGUGGGCGCCGCUAUGUUGGCUCGAUGGAGCUUCCAGAAGCUAUUGCAACGGUCUUGCCAUUCGGCGCAGCGGACAAAAGUCCUGGCCCCAAGAAAAGCUUUCCUGAUUCCUCGUUCCAGCCAGGGCUGUCUUGGGGCUAUGCAGCAACCGACGUUCUUAGUUGUUGCAUGCGGUGCAUCAGGGGCCAUGCAGUCAGUAUGCUUGGACCCAGAUUCCGACCCAGGUGCAAGUCUGCAAGUCUAUACGACGCAUCCCCAUCGACCAGACGGCACCUUACUGGCAGCAAACGCUGUGCGUGUAUGAGCUUUGUGGCCGAACCGCACAUGCAUACUGGCCUGCCCACAGCUGCCUACCUUUAUGCCUAGAGAAUGUGCAUCGGCGAUAGUACUCUUCACAUGAUCUAUAGUCAUUUCGAUGGCAUAUCAUUCUAUCCUAGCGGUCCUUGGGUUCACAAAGGCACUGAG